AUGGCAGCUUUGUCUGAUAAACUAGCCGAUGCUUACCAGAACGCAAGGCCUACAUAUCCGAUCGAUUGGUUCACGAAGCUUGCAGCUCGAACCGGUCAGCACAAGUUGGCUUGGGAUGUCGGUACUGGAAACGGCCAAGCCGCUAUUGGUCUUGCAGAGUAUUUCGAGAAAGUUGUGGCCACCGACAUAAACGAAGCACAACUGAAACGAGCGGUGAAACAUGAAAGAAUCAGUUACAAUCUCACUCCGACAACGAUGUCGGAAGACCAGAUGGUCGCUCUUGUCGGAGGAGAUAACUCCGUGGAUCUCAUCGUCGCUGCACAAGCUGUUCACUACUUCGAUCUCGCACCAUUCUACAACGUAGCCAAACGCGUUCUUCGCAAAGAAGGAGGAUUGAUCGCAGUUUGGGUCUACAACGGUCUAGUAAUCUCCCCUGAAGUCGAUUCCAUCAUGAAACGCCUUGAGGACUCCACGUCUCCGUUUAGAACUCCGGUCAUGAAUCUUGCUUUCGACGGCUACAAAACGCUGCCGUUUCCGUUUGAAAGCAUUGGGAUGGGAUCAGAAGGGAAGCCUAUAAUGCUUGACAUUCCUCAUAAGCUCUCGCUUAAAGGGUUUAUAGGGUUCUUGAGAUCUUGGCAGCCUGCGGUGAAAGCUAAAGAACGAGGUGUUGAGCUUGUGACACAAGACUUGAUCAACAAGUUUGAAGAAGCUUGGGGUGAUGAUGAUAAUGAUGUUAAGGAUAUUUUCUACAAAGCUCAUAUGAUUGUUGGAAAACUUUCGGCUUCAGAUAUAGAACGGCAUCGAAAGAGGUUUGAAACCAACUGUGUGGUUGCGAAACUAAAGGAUAGUAACAACUCAGUUGUGAUUGCUUCAGUGACGGCUGUUGCAUUUGCUGGACUGGCGGCUUACUGUGCCUACUCUGCGAGGAAGAACACUUAG